AGGUCUAUCGAGCUGAGCGCAUCGAGCAUCCCCUCGGCGCCAGCUUUCGUUUCCACCCAUCGCGCACCCCUCCGGCACUGCAGGGAUGGGCGAGCCCCCCCCGGACGACCUGCAGGGCCUCUCGGACACCUGCCUCACCGUGGCCGGAGUGGCCUGGCCGCUGUCGGACAUCCUCGGAGCCUCCAUCGCGCCCUCCGGCGCGGGGGGCGUGGGCGCGGUCGAGGUGGCGCGCUUCGCGAAGGUCGGCCGAGCGCUCCUGGACGGGCCGGUGGCCCCAGCCUCGGGGGACGCGUUAGCCGACCGCCUCUCCCCGAUCCUGGUGAGCACUCCAUCUGCCCUGGCCGUGGCCGUGCAGGCAUCUGGUGUGGUGCUCUGGGGCCCUGUGAUGUCCUGUGCGAUCCUGCGGCUCGUGGGGUCUCUGAAGGCCUCGUGGGGUCUUCUGAAGUCCUGCGGUGUCCUGUGGGUGUCGCUGGGGUGGCUGCGGGCUGCCGCCGCCGCGGCCGGCGGCGCGGCGGCGCUCGCCGCGGCGCUGGGGCGGCGCAAGCUGCCGCGGACCGCCCCCUCCGCAAAGGACGCGCUCGCCGCGGGCGCGCGUUUUUGCUCGCCGCCUGGGGUGCUGGCGCCGGCCUCGCGAGCUGCUCCAGCGGGCGGUGCGGAGAGCGCGCGCGCCGCUGCCCCGUGCCGCGGCGCGGCGGCGUCGCGAGCCGCCGCCAAGGUCGUCGAGGCCGGCCGCUCCGCGCCAGGCGCGGCCUGCUGCCCAGCGGCCGUGGCCUCGGCCGGCGCGCGCGAUGCGCCGCGGCGGGCGCUCCGCGCUGGGCGCCGCGAGGCGUUCACCGCGGGGCGGCCGCCGCGAGGCGGGCAGGCUGGGUGCCAGCGGGGCAGCCAGCGUCUGCUCCGCGCGCGGUCUGGCUGGCGGCGCGUCGUCGUCGCUGCCCUGGUCCGCGUCCGCUCAAGCGCGCUGUGCGUUGAGCCGGGGGUGGGCCCAGGCGUCCAGGGCGCGUACGACGCCUGGAGGUCGCCGCCCUCGCUGUCAGCGCCUCCCGCGUUCGCCAAGCUGCGGGCCCUUUCCGCAAGGGCGCUGGCGCGUGCCGCCGCUGUCAGGUGUGGCUCGCCUUGUCCCUUCCCCGGCGGACCAGGCUCGGAUUCGCUGUCAGAGGUGAAGAAGUGCCUUUCGAAUCCGUGCAACCAGAGCUUGUGCCAGGACUGCGAGUGGGAGCAGAUGUGCAUCCAGUGGCUGAUUUCCAAGGGGGGUUCUUACGAAUAUCUGGAGCUUAUUUCACUGCGCCUCAAGUAUUCACAGCGUGCGAGCCAGCAUUCUGGCACGUUCGCCAAGGCAGGAGUAGACCUGCAUGGGCGGAUGGAGGAUGAUACAAGUUUGUGGCGUGGGUUGCGGAGCCUGGCCAUGGAAGCAGGGAGGUGGGCGGCUCAGCUUGACGUCGCCAUCUCUGCCAUGCCAGGCCGAGACGCAGCUGGCCAUGCCCACUUCCCGUCCCCUGCCCCCUCCGCCACUCCCGUGCUGGGCACGGAGCCCGACGGCGACUUCCCGGGCCAGCCGAUGGCCGAGGACGGCCGGUUAAGGCGGGGCGUCGGCGGGGCCGAGACAGCGAUGGGGCCGUUCCCGGGCGUCCCCGGCUUCCGGGCAGAGGCCUCGCCGUGCAAGGACCCCGCCACCCACACGGACAGCCAAGUCAUCGAGCUGCCCGAGCAGAACAACAAGGUUCUGGAGCAUAUGUCCAAGCUGCUCGAGAAGCAGAACGAGGCCAUCGAGGUGCAGAACAAGACGCUCGAGUACAUCGCCGAGAAGGCAGGCGGCUCCGCGCUGCGGCACAAUAACAUCAAGAACGCCGUCCUCGCGAGCGCCCUCAAGACGGGGGGCCUCGAGGGCAUCCAGUACGGCGGCGUCUUCCACGGCGGGGGCAAGCGGCGCGGCGAGCUGCUCUGUGCGAUCUUUUACAAGACGCGCAUCGAGGGGGGCGCCGAGAUGUUCGACGGCGUCGACGACCAAGACACGAACGUCGAGAAGUUGUUCAGGAUGUUGUCGAGCUUCCGAGCGGGGUUGCUCGACGAUACCAAAACGCGCGACGCGCUCCUCGGCGACGAGGCCGACGUGAUGCCCGAGGGGGCCGCGACCACGGUUGUCAAGCAGGUCCUCGGCGAGGGCAAGGGGCAGUUCGAGUCGGUAGCAAUCAUGCCCGAGAAGGCCAAGGACUACUUCGACGCGUUCAAGCGGUUUGGCCUCGAGGGUGACGCAAGCGAGCGCAUCUGCGCCGCGGGCGCCAUCGUGGCGCGGCGCUGGCAAGUCAGCAAGGUGGCCCAUGAGCAUCAGAAGAUGUUCUUUGAUGUGCACAUCAAGACUAGCUUCCCGAGCUACGCCAAUAUCAACAACGAGUGCGAGGAAAUGAAGGUCGAGGAGACGAGCAAGCAGGAGUUCGAGAAGAUCGAGACGGAGGACAUGGCUGCUCGUCUCCCGAGCGAUUGGCGAGGCGUCUCCUCCGAGGAGAGCCUCGCGCCGCUCGAGAACACCCGAGACAUAUUCGAGGCAAUCCGGCAAGAGCUCGGGCUCGCAGGACCGCCCGAGAACACGCAGUGGCCUGAGGAGCAGGAGGCGCUCGAGGAGAACGCCCAGCUCCCGAGCAACGAGGCUGAAAGCCCGAGGUCUCGAGAGCCCGAGACGCCAGAGAAGCCCGGGGGCGAGACCGAAGAGCUUGAGCGCCAGGAGCUCGAGGACCCCGAGACGCCCGAGAAACUCGAGGUCCGCGAGAGGGGGCCCCAGGCCGUCAGCAGCAGCGGCGAGAAGAAGCGAGGGCGAGACCGAGACGAACUCGAGACGCCCGAGGAGUCCGAGGGCGAGGUCGGGAGCCCGAGGUCUCGAGAGCCCGAAACACCAGAGAAGCCCGAGAGCGAGGCCGACGAGCAUGACGACGAGGACACCGAGCGCCAGGAGCUCGCGCCCGAGGAGGGCAAGCGCCUCGUAGAGGAACCCGAGGUUUACGUAGUGUUCUCGAGCCCCGACGCUGGGGCGACCGAGCCAGCCUCAGACGCUGAGGAAUGCAACCGGAGCAAGCGCGCUGCGGGCGACGUGGCCAAGCGGACGACUGUCUCCAAGAAGCCAGCGCAGGCGCCGAGGGAGCCCAGGCCUUCUGUCGCGGAGAAGCCAGCGCAGAACUCGAGGAAGUCCAAGCCGACAGUCGUGAAGAUCGAGACGGAGCUCAAGAUCGAGACUGCCGUCCAGACCGACGUCAAGCAGCAAAGGGCGGAUGCCGAGACGGAGGUCGAGACCGAGCUCGACCCCGCCCAAGAGAACGCGUGGAGGGCCUCUCCCGUGCGCGGCAAGACAGCCGAGCAGCUCCAGUCAGGCGAGCCCACGCAGUUCCAGGGCGACGAGCUUCAGUCGACGGUCUUGACCAGGCUCAAGUACGAGCUCGAGUGGGAGAAGGCCCAGGACGAGCAGAUGGCCUGGCUCGAGACACUCGAGAACGCCAAGCACAUCCUCAUUUGCGUCCACAGCGAGAACCCAGCGCACUACACCUACCUCAAGGUGGCCAAGGAGCACGCCAACGUGGCCAUCGAGUACCGAGACGCCCUCAAGGUACCGUCCGACUCCGCCAAGCAGGCGGCCACGAGGAUCUUCCACGAGUUCUGGGUCAUGAGGAUGUCUGUGCCGAGCUUCUUCGACAUGGAUGAGAUGCCCGAGAUAAGCACGCAGCUAUCGCUUGAGGCGCCCAAGGAGAGCGAGAACCAUGAUGACCCGAAGAAUGAUGAGAGACCGCUCCAGGACUCCAAGGGGAGCGGGGGCGAGAAACCGCUCGAGGACGUCAUGGGCCAGAAGCGCACCAGAGAGCUGGAGGAGAUCCCGAGCAGCAGCGACAACGAGGAGAAGCGAGCCUACCAGAAGGCCAAGCGCCGCCAGUCCGCACCGCAGCCAGAGGGCGAGGAGCCCGAGGACGACGAGCCCGAGGGCGACAGCGGCAAGCGCCCGAAGCUUGAGCCCGAGCCUGUUGUAGAGGCGCUCCCCGAGCGGCUCCAGCGCAAGUGGGCGCUCGAGGACGUGCAGGUCCUGUACCUCGUCGUGCUCUGCCCAGGGGCGCGGGAUCGCCUGCCGCUCGGCGAGAGCGGGCGUUCCGUUGCCUCCCUGAGCUCCACCAGGACGGCAGUGUAA